AGACCAUCGAAGGAUUGAAAAAGUUCCACGAACAAGAUGCUGAAGUGAAGAAAGGCUUCUACUCCAGGGACUUCCUGAACAAGACGUUUACCUACAACUCCAAUUUCCAUUUAUAUCAGUCGCCGGCGGCUAACCAGAGGGAUACCUUACGUUGUGUCAUGGCCGCACGCCCGCCAAACCCUCAAGAACUCCCUCAAGCCUGCAGGAAGACGACUGCUGAUUACUCAAACAAAGUGAUGGGAUUGGCAAGGAAGCUGCUUGAAUUGGUUUCUGAAGCAUUGGUACUGAAAGCUGAUUACCUUAACAAUAUAGGCUGCUUGGAAGGAUUGCUGCUUCUGGGUCAUUACUAUCCAGCUUGUCCAGAGCCGGAUUUGACAAUAGGAACUAGCAGCCAUUCUGACAGCAGCUUUCUCACUGUGCUUCUGCAAGACCAAGUUGGGGGGUCUUCAGGUCCUGUGUGAUGAUCAGUGGGUUGAUGUGAAGCCACAGCAAAUGCUCUUGUUAUAAAUCUGGGAGACUUGUUGCAGGUCAGAACUGGACAGUGCUUGUUUCAAAGUCUUGCUAUAAAACUAACUGGUUUUCAUGCUCAAUUCUCUGGCAAUGAACGUGUAGUUGAUCUCUAAUGAGGAAUUCAAAAGCUCUCAGCACAGAGUAGUUGCUAAAUCAAUAGGCCCCAGGAUUUCAGUGGCCUGUUUCUUGAGACCGCAGCCGCUUCCUGAGAACUCCUCCCGAGUUUAUAGCCCGCUCAAGGAGCUGAUAUCGGACGGGAAUCCCCCGGUUUUCAGGGAGACUACCCUGAAGGAAUUCAUUGAACAUUACGAUGCAAAAGGGCUUAAUGGGAUCUCUGCCCUGGAGCGUUUCAGACCGAGUUCCAGGAAGAAUGAGAGCAUCAAAUGAACAAUCAUGUGAAUG